AUGUCGGCAGCCUUCAACUACAAUCCGGGCACGCCCAUGUCCACUCCUCUUCCCCCCAUGAUCCCCGUCGACUCAAUGGCGACCCGCCCGGGCAUGCGCCGCAAGUCGUCAGCCCAGAAUCUUCUCUCCUCCUUCAAGACUAGGGAUCCGUCUGCCCAAAUCGGAAGCGUAUCCUCGGCAACUGGCCAGCAGUUCGCGUCUGCUUCAACUCCCACUGCGCCCAGCAUGCCCCUGCCCCGCGACUGGGAUGUGCAGUCCGGCGGGUCUGACCCCUCCGUCACGUCCUCUGGCGCUUCUGCGGCGACCAAUGGUUCGCUCGCGCAAGGGACGUCGGUUGAGAUGUUGAGGGAACUCGUGAAGAAACGAAUCAUCACGCUGACCUAUCUGCGCAACGUGCACGAAGGUCGGACACACUGGUUUCACACAAUUCUCAUCACCAAGAGUGAUCUUGAACGAAUAUUCUCAAAUACUGCCAUGAAGAACCGAACGUAUCGAUUUGCUAUGCUAGGAAUGGCGCUUGCCCACCUGUUUGAUGUGAAGGAUCCAGCAGACCUGCUGCGCGGUUUCUCCAACGUCCUCAACGAGUAUGAGGGUCUGAAGGACGUUCCGAGGGAUAAGGACGAGAACGAUCGACCACGUAUGCGUUUGUUCAGGACAAGGCCAAACAAAAGGCAGCCUGGCGCUACCGACUACGCAUUCUCCUUUGCGGACUCGUCCGAUGCACCAUAUCUCACAAUGCCCCAUGUUCCCUUUCCACUCGACUACCACCAAACGCUGCUCUCAUUGCUCGACGUCCUCUCUGAGGUGUACAAUAAGAUAUCGAAGAUCCUGGGGCCGUCUCCGUUCCCGAAUUCUGGCCACCAUAUGAUGGGACCUCUAGGGUUGCUUUCCCCUCAUCCAGGUGUCUCAUACCUGUUUGCAGGCGCGGAGACAGCGCCGACACACGAGGGAGAAGCCAGUUUGUGGGGUAUUGCCAACGCUUCCGGGCAGGGCACUCCGGCUGCACUAGGUGGGAGUGGAGGGAACGUGCUCUACGGAGGUGCGCUGGGAAGCCCACCGCCCAGUUGGAGUACAGGCUUGGGGGAUACGGUCAAGCAGAUCGACAACAAGCUCAAGAAAAUCAUUGCGACGUUGCUCAAAGAGCUUGAUGACUUCGCGCGAGUCAACAUCAAGGACGAGCUGGCGUCGUUAGACCCACUUCUGAGAAACGUCGCAGUGCCGGAGGAACCUCGCGAGCAGUACGAGUACGAGUGA